AUGACUUUUCGAUUCAUCAUCUCAAGUGGUGAUGCUGAGUUCCAGUUGACGUUGAUCACGUGCCAGGUCACGGCUCGCCUCGAGCUCCUUGAGCACCAGAGCUACCAGCAUCGUUGGCCUCGUCCAGCAGCGAGGCUAUGCGACGCCUCACGGUCCUCCCCCCGCCAACUUCCGAACAACAAGCCCUGUGCGGGUGGACGUGGGAUAACGAGAGCACCCUGGACGGCAUGGGGAAAGUUUUUCCUCAUGACCGAGAUGGCGAGGGGCAUGUAUGUCCUGCUUGAGCAGUACUUCCGACCACCGGCCCUAUCUCUCCCCGAUUCCGUGGCGAGCACGCUCUCCGACGAUACCCCUCUGGCGAAGAGCGUUAUCUGCCCCGCCCAGGCCAUCACCAUCGAGGCUGAGGAGCGAGCUGAUGGAUCCCGCCGAACCACCAAGUACGAUAUCGACAUGACCAAGUGCAUUUACUGCGGUUUCUGCCAGGAGUCUUGCCCCGUCGACGCCAUCGUUGAGUCGCCCAACGCCGAGUACGCUACCGAGACCCGAGAAGAGCUUCUGUACAACAAGGAGAAGCUUCUUUCCAACGGAGACAAGUGGGAGCCUGAGCUCGCAGCCGCCAUCCGCGCCGACUCGCCAUACCGAUAAACUAGAGAAAGCCAUCAUGAAAAAAGGGAACGGGAUGAUGUUGGAUUGGAAUGCAUAGUUUUUAUUUGUUAUUUUCGCUUUUGUUGCCUCGGGUCGUUUGAAACGUCGCUGCUGUAGGAACAUGACUUCUUUUUUUUUGGUGAUAUCAAGGCGGCAAAGGACUAGAGGGAGGCGGGCUUUCGAGGGGAGAGGGCAGGUGUACAUAAUCUAGAUGUCCAGAAAAAUGCCCCGUUGUCACUCA